AUGCCUACAAGUACCUGUCCAAUUUUUGCCUCUAUUGGAAGUCUUAUCAUUGACGAUAUUAUAUACAAAGAUGGUAGAAAGUCUCAAAACGUUUUGGGAGGCGCAGGCGUAUUUGCGAUAUAUGGUAUGCGACUUUGGCAACCAAAGAAACAAUCGAAAAACGUAGGCUACAUCAUUCACAAAGGCUUUGACUAUCCCAAAGACAUCGAUGAUCAGAUAAACCGGCUCGAUAUAUCGCUUGUUACGAAAUUUCAUGCUGACAAACAUACUACAAGAGGUUUAAAUACUUUUGGAGAAAACGACCAUAGAGACUUCAAGUACAUUCAUCCUAUCAUUCGCGCAACAACAGAUGACUUUCCCGACGAUUGGAUUAGGUCAGUCAAGAUACUCCAUUUAAUUUGUUCACCGGAAAGAGCAAUAGAGAUUAUCGAUCAGUGGAAACAGAGAGAAAAUGACCUAAAUGCAUCAGAAAAGACAAGAUUUUUAUGGGAGCCUUUACCUUGGGCUUGCUUACCAGAGAACUUGGAUUGCAUCUAUGAAGCAAUUGAACGAGUGGACAUCAUAACACCAAACCAUGAGGAGCUAGCUGAUAUGCUCGGACUCAAAUUUGAUAUUUUGUUGAGCUCACAUCACAACAAGUUCAAAGAUGCUGUAGAACAUUGCGGAAUGCUAUUCAUGAAGCGAGUAGAGAAAGGAAAUCUGAUUCUAGUUGUGAGAUGUAGUAAAUACGGAGCCAUGACUCUGAUACGGAAUAGUAGAGAAGCUGCUCAAUGGACACCCGCUUUUUGGGAUUGGAAGACGGAUGGGGAGCAUGUAGUAGAUGUUACAGGAGCUGGUAAUUCAUUCUGCGGAGGCUACUGUUACGGCUAUAUACAUACCAAUGGCGAUGUGAAUGAAGCAGCACUCUAUGGCGCCGUGUCUGCAAGUUACACUGUGGAGCAAGUAGGUGUACCUGUGCUGAACGACGAUGAGAGCUGGAAUUCAGGUUCGUCACCUUCACAACGACUCCAUAUUUUGAGGAACAGAACAUGUCAUUUAUUCAAAUAA